UCAAUUUUGUUUGAAGUUGAUCCACAGAAAAAAAAACAAAAAGGUGUUUUUUUCUAAAUUGUCACUCCAAUCGCUCCAGAUCGUAGGACUAAAACGAUAACAAUUUGAGAGCUAGACCCAAGACCGGCAAGAACAGGUAAAAGUGAAGCCUAUCAUUCCCUAACAAAGUGGAACGACAUACCGUAAACGGUCUAAACCGGUGUGCUGUUGACAUUCACGUUCGUAUUUUGGCAAAGCAAAACCUUAUUCCUUUGCGGAGAUUUUCUGUUGCUGCGUGAACGUUAAAAACUUGAAAUAGUGUUUAGAGUAGACAUUUGUCGAUGGAGCAAGACGCACUCCAAAAUGUCGGUAGUGAUUGAAACGACUAUCGGUGACGUUACGGUAGACCUGUUUCUCACGGAGCGUCCUCGUGCGGCAUUAAACUUUUUGAAGCUAUGCAAGCUUAAAUUCUACAACUUCAAUCUUUUUCAUACAAUUCAGCAUGGAUUUAUUGCACAGACAGGCGAUCCCAGUGGUUCCGGAGAUGGUGGAUCAUCGAUUUGGGGUGUUUUAGAGGGUAAACACAAACGAUACUUCGAAGGUGAGGUGGUCCCGAAGAUCAAACAUACGGAACCAGGUCUCCUGUCGAUGGUGUGCGCUGGCGAGGGACUUAUCGGCUCUCAGUUUUUCUUCACUUUGGGACCGGACAUAAUUUCAUUAGAUGGCGGUGGGCAUGUUGUGAUUGGAGAAGUUACAGAAGGACAUGAGGUUUUAAGGAAACUGAAUGAAGUGAUAUGCGACGAAAAACAUAAACCGUACCAAGAUGUUCGUAUAACCCAUACCGUUAUUUUGGAAGAUCCAUUUGAUGAUCCGAGAGGAUUCAGGGAGCCGAGCCGUUCCCCGUCACCUUCGGCGGAACGUUUGGCUGGUGGCAGAAUUGCUGCAGAUGAAGACAUCGACGACACUGAUGGCAAGACGGCUGAAGAGGUGGCGGAAAUGUUAGCUGAAAAAGAAGCAAAAGCUCGGGCCACAAUACUGGAAAUAGUUGGAGAUAUCCCCGACGCAGAUGUGGCUCCCCCAGAGAACGUGUUGUUUGUUUGCAAAUUGAACCCGGUAACUACGGAUGAUGACUUGCAGAUCAUUUUCAGUCGAUUUGGAAAGAUCAAAGGUUGUGAAGUAAUUCGAGACAAAGUCAGUGGAGAUUCGCUUCAGUAUGCAUUUAUAGAGUUUGAGGAUCAAAAGUCUUGUGAGGAUGCUUAUUUCAAAAUGGAUAACGUUCUGAUUGAUGAUCGUAGAAUUCAUGUUGAUUUCUCUCAGUCCGUUUCCAAAGUCCGCUGGAGGGGUAAAGGUAAAGGUAUCGAGUAUCUAGAUGGAACCGACAAAAAAUCGUUCAAAGACAUAGAUGACCACGCGACAAGAAGAGACCGCAAACGUGCACCAAGUCGAUUGAGGAAAUCAAAUAGUCGCGGGUCUCCCAGCAGAUCCAGAUCACGUAGUGUCAAAGGCCAACGUAGUCCAAGAGGUCUCAAGGGAGGCGGACGAAGAGAUCGGUCACCUUGGCGAAGGGGCAUUGGAGGAGGCGGCGGUGGCAGUGGACGCCGUCGUGACACAAGAGAAAAACACGACAAACGAGUUCGACUUUCGGAAACAAAUUCUGCAUAUCAUGAGGAACGUGAAGGUCGCGACAUUCGUGUUGUUCAAGGCAUGGUGGACUACAAGAACCGUCCAUAUCCGACCACCUUUAUAAAACGGAAUGCUCCAAAACAAGAUUCCGGUCCCAGUCGCCUUGGUGCACGUGCGCGUCGUUCCCGUUCGCCAGUUCAAAAUCGUUCUCAACGACGUUCGAGAUCUAACGGACGACAACGUUCAUCACGUUCUCGUUCUCGCAGUUCGAGUUAUCGCAAAAGAUCUACAUCUCCCGAUCGUUAUCAGCGUCGAGACCGUGAUCGACGUCGUGUUUCUCGUAGUCCAUUGGAACGCAAGCGCCGAUCAUCAGCCAGUCGCUCACCGAAACAUAAGCCUGCUAAAAGUGGUCGCUCGUAUUCUACGGAACGGCGCACUGAACAUAGCAGGAGUCGCCGUGACUCAAGUCCGCCGAAUCGACACAAUCUGUCCGAUUCUAAGAUCAAAGAGUCGUCGAGUAGAGACAGACGCAAAUCUUCUAAGGACAAACAUCGCUCACUAGAUUCUGGAUCUGUGAAUGAAUACUCGGAUGACGAGAGGUCAAAGAAGAAGAAAAAGAAAAGUGGCAAAAAGAAAUCCAGGAAAAGUAGUGACAGUGAUUCUGAUUCGGAUUCCCGAGACGGUAGGAAACACAAGAAAAAGAAAAGCAAAAAACGAAAGUGAAUGAACUGGUUGAGUUUUUUCAGUUGUUUUAAUCUUUUACAUGAAAAUACCUAUUUGAAGGGAUGUUAUAAUUACUGAUUAUACCAUAAGAGAACUCUUGAAUUCUGUAUAAUAAAAAUUGUUUUGUAAAAUCCCA